UAAUCUGCUAGUGCUAUGUACCGAGUCUUCUUCACUAGUGCCAAAGAUAUAUGACAUUUAAGUUAUAGCAGGAUAAAUAGGUACUAUUCACAAAGGCAAUGCAAAUGGCGUUGUCAAAGCAAAUUUUUGCGUUCAGUUCUGCUACUGUUGCAUUUCACAGUUAUAUGUAUUGGAAGAAAAAUUCAAUUAAUGGUCAAGUCCAAUGCCUUAAACAGGCAGAUGAGAAAUUUCGACUUAAGUUGGUUCAAGUUGUUUUUCGUCAUGGUGCACGGACUCCAUUAUUAUCCCCCGAAUAUUUGCCAAAGAUUGAAUACACAGAGGAACAAAUGAAGCAUCCAAAACACACUAUAAUUCCAUACCAAACAGUUGGUUUAGAUGAAGAAACAGUUAAAUUGAAGCUCACCAUUGGUAACUAUGGUACAGAUAACCAUGGCUUACUAACAGGAGUAGGAGCUGAACAACUCUAUCAACUUGGUCAGCAGUUGCAAGCACGUUAUAUGUCAAAUGUAAAGUUUAUUGAAGAUGAAUCUGAUGUAUAUGCAAGAUCAACUGCGAUACAAAGGACUGUUGAUUCUGUGAGAUGCGUUCUUGCUGGUCUGUUUCCUGAGCAGCAAACAGCUUUCCCAAUUCACGUUGCCGCAUCCAAAUCUGAGAUCUUAUAUCCCAACUUUCAAGUUUGUAACUACAUUGUUCAGUUGAACAGAUGGGUGUGGAAAAAUCCAGAUUUAAUCAAAGGAUUUAAAGAAAUUAGAGAAGACAUACAGCGUAGAUUAAAUAUAUCACUGGAAUACAACGUACACUUGGUCACAUUACGCGACUGUUUGUUUGUACACAAGUUCCAUAACAUGCUUCCUCCCGAGUUUAAUGUACCUGAUGUACUUGAACAUUUGGAUGAAGUUUCUGUUCGAAUCAUGGAUUAUGUGUUUGCUGGCCAUGGGGAAUCAAGAGACAUAAGUCUUAAACUUGCAUCUGGUCCUUUACUUGUCAAACUGCUGGAAAACAUGGAUGCAAAAAUAAAGGGAGAAGAAAAGCAUAAGUUAAUGCUGUUUUCUGGCCAUGACACAACUCUCAUACCCCUGCUCCAUACUCUGAAUAUAAAUGAUUCAAAAUGGCCGCCAUAUGGUGCUAACAUCACAUUUGAACUGUAUGAAUCAACUACUGAUAAGAGUCAUUAUGUAAAAAUACUGUACCAGAAUAAGGAUCAAGCCCUGCCUGGUUGUAGUGAUGUGAUGUGUCCGUUAAAUGAAUUCAAGGCUGCCAUGUCAAAGUAUUUGGUGUCUGCUGAUCAAUAUAAGCAACUUUGUAAUGUCACUGAUGAUAAAUUCUUGCAACGAAAACAUCAGAAUUAAAUGUUUAAUUCACAGCACAACGAUGUUCAAUUAUAUCAUUGCCCUACGUAAUUUUACACCCUUUUCAUAAGAGUGGUGAAUUUAACAGUAUAUCAGUUUUUAAUUAAUGUUUAGAUAAAUUGUACAUUAUACAGUGUUAAUACUUAUAACCACUGUACAUCAAUGUGAUAUUAUAUCACAUACAGUGGUAUAACAGCACUAUGCAGUAGAAGUCUGUAUAAAAAUUUAGAGAUUAUGUGAAUAAUUGUACUUAAUUUACUCAGUAAGGAUUUUCACAUAUAUAUCUGUUUUUAUUCUAAAAUCAUUUGUUUGGUUAGCAGUCAUUAGUUUGAAUAAUCUGCUGUAGUAUGGCAUAUCUAUUAUUUGUUUAUUCAAUGAUUUAGAUUUUAAUUUGUGUGGAUUUUUAUUGUAGGAAAAUUUCAUUGUAUUUUAAUAUAGUUGCCAGUUGGUGUUACCAUUAAUUUAAAAACCUCAUUUAAAAAUCGUUUUUGUGUCGAAACUCGUUUAAUUUAGUACCAAUUCAUGAUUUCUUUGAUCCAG